CUUCUGGUGGCGCCUGCGCACGUGCGGCCCGCUCCACGUGUUUCCAGCUCGUUCGCCCCAAGCGGCGCUCGCUGGGCCAGGCUGUGCUCGCCCUAGAGGGCUCUCCUUCACCAUGCAGAGGAAGAAGGUGGACAACCGCAUUCGAGUCCUCAUAGAGAAUGGGGUGGCAGAGCGGCAGAGGUCUCUGUUUGUCCUCGUGGGGGACCGUGGGAAGGAUCAGGUGGUCAUACUCCAUCAUAUGUUGUCUAAAGCAGCUGUGAGGGCCAGGCCGUCUGUGUUAUGGUGUUAUAAAAAGGAACUAGGUUUCAGCAGUCACCGCAAGAAGAGGAUGAGGCAGUUACAGAAGAAGAUAAAGAGUGGAAUGCUGAACAUAAAGCAGGAUGAUCCCUUUGAGCUCUUUGUCGCGGCCACCAACAUCCGGUACUGCUACUACAACGAGACACAUAAGAUACUGGGGAACACCUUCGGCAUGUGCGUGCUGCAGGAUUUUGAAGCCCUGACCCCAAACCUGCUGGCGCGGACGGUGGAAACAGUGGAAGGGGGCGGGAUCAUCGUGAUCCUCCUGCGGACCAUGAAUUCCCUCAAACAGCUGUACACCAUGACUAUGGAUGUGCAUUCCCGCUACCGGACGGAGGCGCAUCAGGACGUGGUGGGAAGGUUCAAUGAGAGAUUCAUCCUCUCCUUGGCCUCCUGUAAGAACUGCAUCGUCAUUGAUGACCAGCUCAACAUCCUGCCCAUCUCCAGCCACACAGCCAACAUCCAGGCCCUGCCUCGAAAGACCCAGGACGAUGACCUGUCCCCUUCAGACCUGGAGCUGAAAGAGCUGAAGGAAAGCCUGCAGGACACCCAGCCCGUGGGCGUUUUGGUGGACUGCUGCAAGACGCUGGACCAGGCCAGGGCCGUCCUGAAGUUCAUCGAGGGCAUCUCAGAGAAGACGCUGAGGAGCACGGUGGCGCUCACAGCUGCCCGCGGGCGGGGGAAGUCGGCCGCCCUGGGAUUGGCCAUCGCCGGGGCGGUGGCUUUCGGAUACUCCAACAUCUUUGUCACGUCCCCCAGCCCGGAUAACCUGCACACCCUCUUUGAGUUCAUAUUUAAAGGCUUUGAUGCCCUUCAGUACCAGGAGCAUUUAGACUAUGAGAUCAUCCAGUCGCUGAAUCCCGAGUUUAACAAGGCGGUGAUCCGGGUAAACGUGUUCCGUGAGCACCGGCAGACCAUCCAGUAUAUACACCCUGGAGAUGCAGUGAAGCUGGGUCAGGCGGAGCUCGUUGUGAUUGAUGAAGCUGCUGCCAUCCCCCUGCCCUUGGUGAAAAACCUGCUGGGACCCUACCUCGUGUUCAUGGCUUCCACCAUCAAUGGAUACGAGGGAACUGGUCGCUCACUGUCUCUCAAGCUGAUCCAGCAACUGCGACAACAAAGUGCGCAGAGCCAGCUGAGCACCACGGCGGAGAACAAGGCCACCACCACCGCCCGGCUGGCCUCAGCUCGAACUCUGCAUGAAGUCUCCCUCCAGGAGUCCAUCCGCUACGCGCCCGGAGACCCCGUGGAGAAGUGGUUGAAUGGCCUUCUGUGUCUCGACUGCCUCAACAUCACCAGGAUUGUCUCGGGCUGCCCUCUCCCUGAGGCCUGCGAACUCUACUACGUGAACCGAGACACCCUCUUCUGUUACCACAAGGCCUCCGAAGCCUUCCUCCAGAGACUGAUGGCGCUCUACGUCGCUUCUCACUACAAGAAUUCUCCCAAUGACCUUCAGAUGCUCUCUGAUGCCCCAGCUCACCAUCUCUUCUGUCUCCUGCCGCCGGUCCCUCCUACCCAGAAUUCCUUGCCAGAAGUACUAGCUGUCGUCCAGGUCUGCCUGGAGGGGGAGAUCUCUCGUCAGUCCAUCCUGAACAGCCUGUCUCGAGGGAAGAAGGCAUAUGGAGAUCUCAUUCCCUGGACCAUCUCUGAGCAGUUCCAAGACCCUGACUUUGGCAGCCUGUCUGGCGGAAGGAUCGUCCGCAUUGCUGUGCACCCAGAUUACCAAGGGAUGGGUUACGGCAGCCGGGCCCUGCAGCUGCUUCAGAGGUACUACGAGGGCCAGUUCCCCUGCUUGGAGGAGAAAGUCAUCCAGAAAUCACAAGAGAUCAGCACCGUGAGCAGCGAGGCUGUCAGCUUGUUGGAAGAGGCUGUGACCCCCCGGAAGAACCUGCCUCCCUUGCUCCUCAAGCUGAGUGAGAGGCCUGCAGAAAACCUGGAUUACUUGGGCGUCUCCUAUGGCUUGACGCCAAAAUUGCUCAAGUUCUGGAAACGCGCUGGAUUUGUUCCUGUGUAUCUGAGACAGACACCGAAUGACCUGACGGGUGAGCAUUCCUGUAUCAUGCUUAAGACUCUAAGCGAAGAGGAAGAUUCUGAGCAGGAGCCCUGGCUCCCAGCCUUUUGGAAAGAUUUCCGGAGGCGCUUCCUGUCCUUGCUGGCCUAUCAGUUCAGCUCUUUCUCCCCUGCCCUGGCUCUGAAUAUCCUACAGAAUAAAAACAUUGAGGAGAAAUCCCAGGCAGAACUGAGCCGAGGAGAGCUGGAGGCCGCCUUUCUUUCCUACGACCUGAAGAGGCUGGAGAUGUAUUCCCGGAACAUGGUGGAUUAUCACCUGAUCAUGGACUUGAUCCCAGCCAUCUCCAGGAUGCACUUCCUGAACCGGCUCGGGCAGCUGUCCCUGUCGGCCGCACAGUCGGCUCUCCUGCUGGGGGUCGGCCUCCAGCACAAGACCAUGGACCAGCUGGAGAAGGAGAUUGAGCUGCCCUGCAGCCAGCUGAUGGGGCUUUUCAACAGGAUCAUCCGCAAAGUGGUGCAGUUGUUCAGCGUGAUUCAGGAGAAGGCCGUGGAGGAGCAGAUGGUGGCAGUGAAAGACGUGGUCAUGGAGCCCUCCAUUAAAUCCCUGAAUGAAGACCUGGAUGAAGCCGCGAAAGAAUUCCAGGAAAAACACCAGAAAGAAGUGGGGAAGCUCAAGAACAUGGACCUGUCACAGUACGUAAUCCGUGGUGAUGAUGAAGAAUGGAACGAGGUUCUGAACAAAGCCGGAAAGAACGCCUCCAUCAUCAGCUUGAAAAGUGACAAGAAGAGAAAACCCGAAGCUGAAAAUGACCUGAAACAGAACAAGAAGUUGAAGAAGGGCCGAGAUAUGAAGAGCAAAAAAGACGGCAAACAGAAAAGGAGGAAAUAGUGGCGGCUGCCGACUCAGGCAUUCGGAGACCCGGAGAGCCCUGGGCCCGGCCGGAGAGGGCGUUCACCCUCGCCUGCAAGGACCGGAGCCUGUCCACGGGCCACCGAGGGCAGAGCUGUCGUUCCAGGAUGCCCUGAGCUUGGGCCCCUCUCGGUCUGGCGCUUUCUCUUUCACAUCUGGAUUCGCAGUAAAGUUUUUCCUCCUACCCACACCUCCUUCUGAGUUUCCUUUCUGACCCAGUUUUCAAGAUUUGUUCCCUGCACCCUGGAGACUCGGAGGGGCUGAGGACUCAUGCACAGGACACGUCCCGGGCAUCUUAAGAAGGCAGUCCCAGGGCUUCCCCUAUCACGGGCAGGAGGAAGGAGGGGUCAGGGCAGGGGAUGCCAGGAUGGAUGCCCACUCAAGUCUCAAAGCCAGACGCUCUGUCUGCAUCCUUUCGCAGUCCUGAUCUCCCACCAGUGUUUCAGGAUCAGAAGCCUGGAGCUGACAGCAGGCUGGAUCUUCAGACUGAUCCUGUUUCCGAAUGGUUGCCAUUUUGUUUUGGGUGGACUGCAGAUUGAUGCUGGAAACUGGGUAUUAAAUACCUUUGUGCAUAUAAGCUGUUCUGUGCCACUUAUUAUCUGAGCUCUGAGUUGGAGAAGAGAAAGAAUGUGGCAAGAGUGAAUUAGGGCCAGGAAGAAAGACCUGCUUUCAAAUCCUAUUUCUGACACCUGCUGGCUGUGAUACUGUGAGCACAUCAUUUCAGUACCCCCUGGAGAACUGUUAGCUGCAGAUGAGUUACUGAUGAGCUUUGGUGGAGAGAAUUUCAUCACUGGGAGUUCUGCUAUACUGAUGAACUCACAAGUCCAGACAACAAAUGUUGAGAAAACGAGAAAUCUGGUCACUUUGUAGUCUGUAGGGCUUAGAAAUGGCCUGACGUUGAUGUCCUUGGGGCGGGGGGGGGGGGGGGGGGUAAUGGGCAGAGGGGUCGGUGACUUGAUUCCAACGUCAGAGGCAGAAUCUGGUUCCAGGUAAUGGUGUCUGAAAGAGUGGAGAGGGGAGGCUGUCCUGGCGUGGAAGGCAGAAGCUAAUUAACCGCAUUGAAAUGAUCACUGGGCCUGGGGCCUGGGAGGCCUCUCCUACCUCUAAACUAAGCAGUGGGACCUCAGGCAGUCACCCAGCCCUCCUAAUGCUCCAUGCCCCCUCCAGUUCUUCAUUUGCAAAGGGGGCUGAACACAGAUGAAUGCCAGUGUGAGCAGGCCCCUCUGCCGUGAUUCAUUCUGCCUUCCCUCCCCGUAUGGCCCACUCCUGCUGCCAUAUUUGUUUGGCAAUUCCUUUGUCAGUGACUCUGACAAUCAGGCAGCUGCCCGUGGAGUUGGCCUCUGUAGAGUUAUCUCCCUGGCAGCAGGCGUUGGAGGCUUCGUUGUGCCUAAGCUUAAUGAUUUUUCCCUCAGUGGUCUCAGGGAGGAAUGUUAUUUUCAGAUCAAUGAAUCUUCAUAAGGAAAGUAUGGUUUCUAAGGCAGCUACAUCACUUAAUUCAUGAAAUUCACCUUGGAUGAGUCACUUUGCGUCUUAUCUGGCUCCUCAUCAGAAGCACCGGCCUUCAGGAAGGGUCAGAGAAAGUAACUCUGAAAGGACCAAGCUUUGCUAUGGGCUAUCCACAUGCCUUGGUGAUGGGCCUGGCCUUCCUCUGUAAAAUGACCCAAGGGCCCUUUGUCCCCCUCCUCAAUCUAGUCCUAUGUUCUUGAACCAUUUAAAGCAGAUUUUAACACCUUGA